AUGGCUGGAUCUGGAAGUUCAGAAGUGAGAACCCCGAUCUUCUCCAGUGAGAACUAUGAGUUCUGGAGAAUCAAGAUGGUAACCAUAUUCAAGUCGUUUGGGUUAUGGAAUCUGGUGGAAAAUGGAAUUACGAUUCUUGAUUCGAAGAAGAAAAAGAAAGCUGAGGAAAUUUUAGAAGAUAAGGAUGAUGAGAAAAUGGCUGCAAUCUUCAUGAAAGAUGCAAACGUUAGAUUUCUAUAA